CCAGGCUCGUGCUCUUCCCACAUGCAUCCUGUGCUUAUUCGCUACUUUGAGGACAUGCCCUUGCGGCGAUUGAGAUGACUGUUCCCUUUGGUAAUCCGCUACGGUUAGCACCUCUCUCCAGGCUGAAUCUCUUGCUGCCUAAGCUUUGGCACGACUCAUCUCGGCCGCCUAGCGUUCUUAUAUCUGCUGCGCUUCCUUGCCUCCUUCUCCCUUUCCUUGCCAUUCAUUCUCCCAAAACCAAAGGGUCAUCUCCCCUAGAUAAGACGGUAGACUUGCCCACAAGCGGAGGAAAUGUCCUUCCAAAGCACUCUGGCCCGCUCAUCGCGAAUCAAGAAGUCCCGUCAGCCAUCUGCUGCCUCAGCCCUACGACGCUCGGCAUCCUCCCCAUCCAAACCUAGCUCUCGACGGAAGUCGUCGCAGCCAGUAACGCAUGCUUCUAGUGGAGAUGAUGAGCGUCUGGACGACACCGGCGUAAUAGCCUCGCUGGCAUCUGAUCUGCACUUCCGUGAUGUCCCGCAGUAUAUGGAGUACAUCCGUAACAGAAUGUUCAGCGACAUCCCCUUAGAAAGAGCGGGGAUGAAUUCCACAAGGAUCGCUGAAGUGCUGAACUAUCGUGCCGGGCUACCGCCGAUAGUCACAAUUGCGCAUAUUGAUGCCCUGAGCCCGUCGUCAACGAAAGCUGAGCGGGAGAUCAAUGAACUCGCACAUGCCGGGGUUCUCCGUAGAGUUACGAUACCCCAUAGAGGUGUUGGUGCGGCGGCUGUGGGAGAUGGAAUAGCUUUGGUAUCGGAAUGGUGGCGCUUAGUUAACUCACAUGCUGGUCUAGAAGAUGGUCUCAAGACGAAAUACAUAUCCGUGAUGAAUGCAAACCCAAUAUCUACCACCAUCCCUAACACAGCCUUUACCUCCACCGAGCUCUCCGAUUUGACAACAUCUGGUUUCCUCACUACCACCACAGCGCCCGACUCCCGCUCCAGCCUCUUUGCAUCCCCUGGUGUCGGUAGUCUCGGCACUCUGGCCUCUCUCUCCUCCGCUGGCUCCCGCCACGCAGCUGGCUCCCUCGCCGCCGUCGGCGGCGCCCAAGCAACUCAACACAUCUCUGGAGGAACCGGGCACCGACCUCCACCAACCGCAUACUACAACUUCUCGCUCCCAAACACUGGCUCGCACAUCAAGCUCCUUGUCGAAGCACGAGCCCAUCUCCUCGCUCUCCUUAAGAAGUCCAAGUACCGCGAAGCCCCGAUGGAUAUUCUUCGCGAGCGAUGGGAUGGUGGGAUCCCGGGAUCGGAUGAACAGACGAGGACGAAGAGAGCGAGAGGGGAGUUUACGGGUGUGUUGCCAGGGCGGACGAAAAAGUGGAGGCAGUUUUGGGGGUUGCGGUUUGAGUGGAUUGUUGAGGAGUGUGUGGGGGCGGGGUUGGUGGAAUUGUUUGAGACGGGAAGUGUGGGUGUUGGGGUUAGGGCGAUAUAAUUAUGUGGAGUAUAGUGCACCAUAUGUCCCUCCAGAGUCUGUAAAUUAAAACCUUAAAGCGGCGGGAGUUCCUCGCAGAAACAUGUGGAUGGAUAUUUCGACGCUCGUAGAUCGUGGAUGACUAUAAUACGCAAGUAGAACCGCUUUCGUCUUCUCGUCUAACCCUGAGUUUGUGGCGGGGCGGAAGGGGUGAAAACGACGAUACCUGUUCGAAAUAUUUGGCGUCGAAGGG